AUGAACAGCCUUGACUUCGAGUCAGAGGAAUCGUCGUCGCAGCAACACGAGGCUUCGGGCUGGCGGCGCCUGCCGACGGCAUGGUUCCACAUGCUGUGUGUCGAGUGCAUCCACAUCUAUCUGGCAGUCUUCGCUUGGUUCAGACUUGUAGCAAACGUCAACUUGCGCACAGCCAUGGGCGCUCACUUUCAUCUCCAGGAUCACCUGGAAGGCUACUUCUACAACCUCUUCUUGUUUGGCUCUACUACAUCAACAUCACUGCAUCUGUCCAAUGUCACUGAUACGUUCUUCCUUGGCCAAGAGCAACGGGAGCAGCCGACUGUCUUCUACAAUGGCUCCAUGCUCACACUUCCCUCCACCAGCAUUGACGGUGCCAACAUCCCAUGGAUUGUCCUGGUUUGGUUGCUGCCGUUGGGCGCUGCUUUCUUGAUCAUUCUUCAUUUGGUCCUGCUCGCCCGACGAC